AUGAUUGUUGAGGAGAGCGAGACCGGAAAGACGGACGAAGAAGCAGAUGAUGACGAUGUAGUGAUACUUGACGAAUGCGGCGAAGGUGAUGAGUUUCUUGAGCCUCCUGCAAACAAAGCACCGACGGAGGCUGCAGAAAGCGAAAAACAACCUGAACAAAAGAUUCAAGUUUUUCCAGGCCGCAAAAAGAAAGAACGAGUGUUCAGGCGGAAGGUGGUUCGCAUACCAAGAGAUGUGUUCGAUUACAUGGCAAGGAUAGAGGAGGACGGGACAAUUAGGCUCAAUGUUACUCAAUUUUCCGUGUUCUUCAACAACGAAAUAUCAAAGAAAUUUGUUCAGGUACAAGCAGAAACAUGGGAUACUACAGAUCUUGUUCCUCUGAUGGAUGUUAGUGUUCCACCAACAGCUAAAGAGAAUCCAAAUCUAAUUGUGGACAAUUUUUCCAACGAACCGGCAGAAAGAGAAGCACAAGAGAAGAGAUUGAAAGAAAUACUUGAGGGUCGAAAACGGUUUGAUGAGAAACAAAAACAGCAAGAGGCUGAAAGCGCUUCUGCAGCGAAGAUAUUACCUGCUGAGGGUAGCGCUGAAAUGAAAAUAAGAAGAAGCCUCCGACGAAACCUGCCGAGCAAAUCGGGAAGAAGAGCACUGAGGAAGAGAAACUGCCAAAUAAGUAGGUUCUUGUUCUGCAACCGCUUCAGGUUCUUAGACUUAUAA